AUGGCUCUUCGCGUUCCGUUCCGACGAAUUGUCCUCUCGCGCCCCCCAAACCGCGCUUUCCAUGCGACCUCGCGAGCUUUGAUCCGCGUUGGAGACGAGAUCCCUGAGACAGAAGGCCUCUUCGAGAACUCGGCUGCGGCCAAGGUCAGCCUGGCCGCCGAGUUCAAGUCUGGUGAUGGCUAUAUUAUUGGUGUGCCCGGCGCCUUCACAGGCACCUGCUCCAGCAAGCAUAUACCCUCAUACAUCAACCACCCCAAGCUCAGGGACGCCGGCAAGGUAUUUGUGCUGUCCGUCAACGACCCUUUUGUUAUGAAGGCUUGGGCCGAGCAGCUCGAUCCUGCUGGCCAGACUCCUAUCCGCUGGAUCGCUGACCCUACUGCCGCUUUCACCAAGUCUCUUGAAAUGGGUUUCGACGGCGCCGCCGCCGUUCUUGGUGGCACUCGCUGCCAGCGCUUCGCUCUCAAGGUUGAUAAUGGCAAGGUUACCAAGGUGCACCUGGAGGCUGACGCCACUGCUGCCGAUGUGACUAUGGCCGAGAAUGUUCUUCAAUAA